GCGACUCCGGAGGCCCCCGAUGGCCGAGGGAGACGUGGACGAGAGCGGGGCGGGGACGCUGGCGGUGCUGGUGGCAGCUUUGCUCGCCCCGGCUCCACCAUGUCGAAGGUUUCUUUCAAGAUCACGCUGACGUCGGACCCGCGAUUGCCCUACAAAGUACUCAGUGUUCCUGAAAGCACCCCUUUCACAGCAGUCUUAAAGUUUGCAGCCGAAGAAUUUAAAGUUCCUGCAGCAACAAGUGCAAUUAUUACCAAUGACGGAAUAGGAAUAAACCCCGCACAGACUGCUGGGAAUGUUUUUCUCAAGCAUGGGUCAGAACUGCGGAUUAUCCCUAGAGAUCGUGUUGGACGGGGUUAACAGGUGCCAUUUGGAGCACGACUGUCUUCAGAAUAAAUAUUGUAUUUUUUUUUAAUUGAAAUCAGGCCAUUUGAAAUACUCUGAAAAUGCCAGUUGUCAGUGAAGUAAAGAAAGAUGACUGUUGUAUCUCGUUCUGUGAAGGGGAUGCCUGUAGCACGGGGCCGCCACUGCCACCACCUUUCGCUACUGCCCCUCAGUGCAACUGCUCGUUCAUUUGGGUGAACGGAUUGUCCGGCUGUGUUUCAUACUGGCGGAGGCUUCUCAUGAUUCCUUCUGAAAACAUUUGGAAAAUUAAAGUUUACUAAAUUGUAAUUAUUUGUCUUUGGCUUAAAAUCUUUUUUAAAAUAUGUGGCUCAUAGAUGGCAGUUUGCUGGAUAGCAUCCGAGUUGCAGGGCUCGUAAAUAGGAGAAUUCCUAACUAUACAUAGUUUAUGAUGAGGGUUACAGAUUUGCCCGUGAAUACACAACUGUUUUUUCAGAAUUUAUCCUUUAGCUGGCUUUUUUACAUUUCGAACUUUCCGUGUGCAUAGAAAUUUCAAUUUAAUAUCAAAGUGCCAGUUUUUUAGCUAGCUCUCAUGAAUAAAUUGAUAUUCCAUACCAAGUGAUUUUAACUGUUUAUAGAGUCCAUUUUCUCAGUGGUGAGAACUGACAGCACAUUAGAAGAAACUGUUGCUGAAUUAUGCAUUUCUUUACCAAUCUCUUAAUACCACCUAUAAGAAUCCUCAAGAAACCAUUGUCUUUUUGAGGAUGACAAUAGCAUUCAGGAGGAGAUGAUUAUUUGCAUAGAUCUGAAGCUCGCAGCAAAGCUCAAGGAAAUGCUCAUUGGAAAUGCUGCUUUGUUCUACUUAUUGAAGACCCAGCAUUUAAGUAAGAGUUGAGAUAAGUCUCCCAAAUGAAUCAGAAGCCAGUGGCCAGGAUGGUAAGGAGGAGGGCAAGAGAGGGCCACGGUGAGGCCAAGGGCCUCAGCAAGCCAACUGGGCAGACAGCUGUAGAGGGCGUGCUGGGGAAGAUCGGGGGGAAGCAAACCAGGGCAUUGCCAGAAGGGGCAGAAGGCUGUUAGAUCAGUCAACAAGUAGGCCUUGUCCACACAGAUUUCAGAAUCCUCUCAAGGGAACCCAGGGAAGGGCAAAGGGCACGUGGAGCAAGGAGAUAUUUAUGCUUAUAGAGGAAAUUGGUAUCUCUGCAAGUCCUGCAAGAGGAAACAAAGAAACAAAGGCUCCUCAUGAUUGAGAAGCAGAAGGCAGCCUGGAUUUCCGGGGGCCAGUGCUUGGAGAGCAGGUGCUGAGCCUGUCCGGUUCUGUCCGGAGCUGGAAGUACAGCAGGCCUUCCACAGACAUUUGCUGAACUCUUCAUGACUCGGGUUAUCUCUGAGCCCAGUUUUCAUCUGUGGGCAUCUCUCUGUCGUGGGCCCUGGCUUCACUGGGGAAAAAUUUACAAGAAAACACAACAGAAUCAGCAUCCGAAGGGCCGUUUUGGUAGUUAAGUUUGCCAGAUACUGUUCACGACUUUGGCAGAUGAACAGCAGAGGCAUCUUUGCUGAGGUAGAAAAGUACCCUACUGAUACUUGGAGAAGUUUUUAUUCUUGUAAACAAGGUGGUGGUCAGAGGUUCCUGGUCCUUACAGAGUUGAGCCUCUUAACCAGACCGGAACAUCUAUUCACUGAAUUUUUGGUUUAAUUUAGAGAUUUUUGAUUUCUAGCCCAAAACUCUGCCUGCUGGGUUACAUAAAUAAGUUUAUGAUGUCCUGUGCCACAAAGUGAUUUAUGUAAUAUUUUUGUUCUUUGAUUUUGGAAAUUUUAUUGUAGUAAGUUCUUAACAUUUUAAACAGACGUUUUGUUAGGAAAUGUGAUCUGUAAGCUCUUAUUUUGUGCUGAAUAUUUUGAAUAGUUUAAAUGCAUUAUUGGUACUUAAUUAAUACCUUAUGAAAAAAAUACAUUUUGUUAUACCAUAAAGUGCAUUGUCUACUCUUGAAUUAUAAGAGCUCUUAAUCAGUGUGUUCAUUGAGCCAGUGUAUGAAAAAUGCAGCAAAAAAUAGGAGCAAAGGUGAUUAACAGCUGGAGAGCACAGAAGUGAAUAUACACUUCUGUGCCAGUACACUUUACAGAAAGGGAAAAAAGGUUUAGAAAAAGGAGUUAUAGAAAUUGUUUAGUUUGAUGGGUCCUAAACGUCGGUGAUUAUCUGAGUCACCUGGUGAACAAAAAUGCAGAUUUCAGGAAGCCACCUUUAAAAUUCUGGAAUGAAUGAUAAAAAUCUCAGUAGAAAACAGCCUGGGUGAUUUGUACUGAGCGAUUAAGGAGAAGGCCGCCGCCUGCACUCUGUCCAGGGCUGAGGGGCCGGGUGCUGGGAUGUGCUCUCGAGUCCCGAUUCCCCAGCAGCUUGACUAAAGACGAACACGCUGGUUAACUGCCUCCUGUGCUCAGUGGUAGAAAAGCCUCCUUUAAAAUUUUUCAGUUCCAUAGUUUAGAUAUUUUAGAUAUUUUAUCUUGAGUUAAUUUAAAGAAAAGUCAGUGGGGGGGACAAAAAACGGAGCCUCAUUUAAGCUUCCAACAACCUUGAAUUAUUUGUGAAUUGGAAGUAUUGAUGUACUUUAAUGGAACAAUUCUAAGCUAACUAUUUAUUAGUUUUCCAAAGGCCAUUUGUAAAACCACACAUGCACACAAAGAUUUGCAUAUGUAAUUCAUCCAAAAGAAAUCUAUGGAAUUACUAUGUGUCUAAUAUUUUAAUGGAUGCUUUCACUUACAGUUUCUCUUCACAAUAUCAAAUUAUCUGCAUUUUAUAGAAGAAGAAACAGGCUUAAAGAGUUUAAAAUUUGAACCCAUGUUUGUCUUUGAAAUGCUCCACUUACACUGAGAGAACUUUUCAGUAUCCACAUUCUGCAACAUGUUAGAUCUGUACUGAAUUGCAAAUUUAAAAAUAAAAGAUGGCUGAAAUUCU